AUGCAAACUGGUCACCUCGCCGUGAAGUCUACGUCUAAUAGCUCUGCAUCGCAAAACAAUGGCUGCACUUUAUUGUCCACAAAUUCCGCUCUUUUUUACCGGACCACCGAGAACGUGUUCACUCAACCGUCGUCAGGUCUCGCAAACGUCCACUAUGACCACCGUUUGAGCAUCGGGGACAACAUGACCUAUUCGGAAGUUAACUCUACCACAGACAUGAGAGAAGCUGACAACGAAGAAGAUGAAGAGACCGAUUUCGACGAUGUUCAUAGCUGUUCUGUCUACGGGCCGACCUCAUCCAUCGGUACGCCAAAUCUUUCUCGUCCAGUGAUCCUGUGUCAGUCACGAGCUGCAACGGCGGUCCACCAUUCAUCUGCGCCCGAAUCGCCAAAGCUUCUUGCAUAG